AUGGAGGGCCGUGUUGUAGAAGAAGAUUAUGGCAAACGUCAUACAAAAGUCCUAUGUCACAUGGACAUGAUGGAAUCUGAUAAGCAGGGUUAUAGAGCUGGUGAGACCAAGCCUCCAACUCAGGAGCCGUUCAACCAGAAGAUGGGCAAUGUGGAGCAGAAGGCCGAAUAUGCAAAGGAGAAAACGAAAGGGGUGGCCCAAGAGAAGAGUGAUCAAAGUAAAGAAAAGGCCUCAGAGAUGGGCCAGUCUACGAAGGAAUGGGCCCAGUGCGGAAAGGUAAAAGAAAUGGCCCAAGAGUGUUACUGA